GGGAUGAUGAGCAAAUGAGACAAAGUUGAGAUUCAACGCAGCCCUGGAGAGAGAGAGAGAGAGAGAAUGAGCAGCGGAGCAGGGAAAGUGGUGUGCGUGACAGGGGCGUCGGGCUACAUAGCAUCGUGGCUGGUGAAGCUCUUGCUCCGCCGUGGUUACUCCGUCAACGCCACUGUCCGUGAUCCCGAUAAUCUACAGAAGACAGGAAAUUUGCUUGCACUUGAUGGAGCCAAGGAAAGACUACAUCUUUUCAAGGCGAACUUAUUGGAGGAAAGAUCUUUUGAUCGUGCAAUUGAAGGAUGUGAAUGUGUUUUUCACACGGCAUCUCCAAUUCAUCAUGAAGUCAAUGAUCCACAGGUGGAACUAAUUGACCCUGCAUUGAAGGGCACUCUUAAUGUUCUAAAAUCAUGUGCACAAUAUCCCUCUGUAAAAAGAGUGAUUGUCACAUCUUCAAUGGCAGCAGUUGCACACAAUGGAAAUCCUUUAACUUCUGAUGUGGUGGUUGACGAGACUUGGUUUUCAGAUCCAGUUUUUGUUGAAAAAUUGAAGAACUGGUACAUGCUUUCUAAGACCCUAGCUGAGGAGGCUGCUUGGAAGUUUUCAAAAGAGAAUGGAAUCGACAUGGUUGUUCUAAAUCCUGGGCUGGUCAUUGGUCCUCUCUUGCAACAAACUUUUAAUGAGAGUGUGGAGAUGAUCCUAAAACUAAUAAAUGGAGCUCCAACAUUUCCAAAUGUAAUCUUCCGAUUGGUUGAUGUCAGAGAUGUUGCCAAUGCACACAUUCAAGCAUUUGAGAUUCCUUCAGCUAAUGGAAGAUAUUGUUUGGUUGGGAGAACUGUGCACUGCUCUGAUGUUUUAAAGAUCUUAAGUGAGCUUUACCCUGAGUUAAAGCUUCCUGAAAGAUGUAUGGAUGAGAAGCCUUUCAUAUCAACUUACCAGGUAUCCAAGGAUAGAGCAAAGACUUUGGGAAUUGACUUCAUCCCUACAGUGAUUACUAUUAAAGACACUGUUGAAAGCUUGAAGGAGAAGAACUUUAUUAGUCUCUGAAUCAGAAUCAGGUAUUUUCUGCCCAGUCAUGCAGCAAUAGACUUAUAUAUAGAGAGCUGGUGUUGCUUCUCAGAAACUCCACAUAGCUUUGGGUUUGCUAGUCUGAAGAGUUUCAACAUUUGUAUUUGUAUUGUACCAAUUGCAAAAACUUGUUAUGGGACAACUUAUAUAGGUUUGUUUAAGACUGUUGACUUGCAAACCUGUUCAUCCAUCACUGAGGGUCAACAGACAUCUGAUGUACACCAAGGAAACAAUUGUAAAACUUUAUUGGUAAUUUAUUCAGGUGAACAUGCAGUGUGAAUUACACUGUUGUUUAAACAAUGACAUACUAGUCGUUUAUUUCACUAUGUGCGGCUAGUUAUAUGAAUUCUAAA